UCUCCGGUACACCGAGCCUAGAGCAGGCAUCAUGGCCGGGCUGGAACUCCUGUCGGAUCAGGGAUACCGAAUAGACGGACGGCGCGCCGGGGAGCUGCGCAAGAUCCAGGCGCGGAUGGGCGUGUUUGCACAGGCCGAUGGCUCUGCUUACAUCGAGCAAGGCAACACCAAGGCGCUGGCGGUGGUCUACGGGCCUCACGAGAUCCGGGGUUCCCGAUCUCGAGCCCUGCCUGACCGGGCCCUGGUGAACUGUCAGUAUAGUUCAGCAACUUUCAGCACAGGUGAGCGUAAGCGACGACCACAUGGGGACCGGAAGUCCUGUGAGAUGGGGCUGCAACUACGGCAGACCUUCGAGGCAGCCAUCCUCACAAAGCUGCACCCACGCUCUCAGAUUGACAUCUAUGUGCAAGUGCUGCAGGCAGAUGGUGGGACCUAUGCAGCAUGUGUGAAUGCAGCCACACUGGCAGUGAUGGAUGCUGGGAUACCUAUGCGGGACUUUGUAUGUGCCUGUUCUGCGGGCUUUGUGGAUGGCACAGCCCUGGCAGAUCUCAGCCAUGUGGAGGAAGCAGCUGGAGGGCCCCAGUUAGCGUUAGCCCUGCUACCAGCCUCAGGCCAGAUAGCAUUGCUUGAGAUGGAUGCCCGGCUGCAUGAAGACCACUUGGAGCAGGUGCUAGAGGCUGCGGCCCAGGCUGCCCGAGAUGUACACACCCUGCUGGAUCAAGUGGUCCGGCAACAUGUACAGGAGGCCUCCAUCUUGCUGGGGGACUGAAUGCCAAAUACCCAUAUGCCGAAUAAAGGCCUGCCUCUCUACUCAAUA